UUACUCGUCCUGGCCGAGGCCGCACCGUCGCAAAACUCGCUCUCCUUUCGCGGCUGCAGUAGCUGCUGUGACAAAAGACGGAACAAGAUGAACGGAACUACGACAACCGCGCCAGGACGGCGAACGAGACAGAGCAGCUACUUUGCAUCAAGUAGUGGUCUCUUGCUGAAAAGACCGAAAAUCACAGUGCAGCAGCUCGUGAAACAGAUGAGAGCGAAAGAUAAAAUAAACCCAAAUUCUGGUGGAAGCGGGGCUGGUGGUGGUACUGCUUCUUCGGACCACGGGAAGAACAAAAAUGUUGGAGCUCCUGGACCAAGCUACACAACUUCCGUUACGUCCUGGCGGCACGAGCGAGGCAGCCAGCGAUUUAUCCCACAUUGGCUGCAGAAUGUGUCGGAAGGCACAAAGUUACCGCUCGCUAUCACCGUUUUCACGGCUUUGUGCGCGACCUGGGAGAUUCAUUCUCAGGUUUUGGGAGACCACCAGUCCAUCGGGAUUCCCUGGACCAGCUCCGGUUGUAUUGUCGUCUUGAACAUGUUAUCAAAUGCAAAUACGUCUUGGUCUGGAAGAUUGCCAGAUUUGUCAUGCUUGUCUGGCAUGACUCUUAAAUCUGUCACGCACGUUACCCAAGAUCCCCCUUUUGCUGUCAUGCAGAAACGCAGUUUGUCAUGCAGAGUAGGCAACACCUAGAAGGUCAAAAGCUUGUCAUGCUGAGCCAGCAUUUGUGGCCUCUUCAUGAUACGCCACCCGGCAUCACAAGUUUCCAGACCCAGACAGUUUUACAAUCCAUACAUGUGGCAACUCGGUUCGGUGGAGCGGCUCGCGUCGCAGGCGGUGUUUUACUUGAUUGGGACGCUCUGCGCAAUCGUCGUGGCUUUAUUGUAUGUACUACUACUGUUGUACGGGUUACCGCGGAGAAUCGUCACAGUUGCAGAUCCGAUGCCGGAAGACGUCGAGGGGUUGGUGGAUCCGCAUGCGAAUCCGCAGAUUUUUCAUUCCGCAGUGCAUUUCUUACCGGAAAAGGCGAG